AUGGCCUCAAUUCUUCCAUCAUAUGAUUCUUCAGAUGAAGAGUACAUAGAUAUGGACUUGAUUUCUUAUUCAACAAACUAUUCUCCACCACAGAACAGAGAGUUUGAGUUUCCAUUGUGUUUCAUUUCCAAAGAAACUACAAAUUCACCAGCUGAUGAACUCUUCUAUAAAGGAAAACUUUUGCCUCUCCAUCUUUCUCCUCGUCUGCAAAUGCUCCAAAAACUACCACUCCAAUUCCAAAGCUCAAACGCAAAAGAGGCUUUUGAAGAAGAGAAGGCACCUUCCAGCACCUCACUAGAAGAAUCAGGCAACGUUACAUCUCCAUCAGAGUCCUGCAGGGUGAGUUGUGAACUGAACACGGACGAGCAUUUCUUCGAAUGGUCUAAUGAAUUGAACAGUUUUAUCCACAGUAAUCAUCCAAAGAAAUCUUGGUCCAAGAAGCUUAUGUUGGUUAAGAAUUCUAUAGUUGGUCCUAAGUUAAAGGCAUAUCUGAAAUCUUUGUUUAGUAAAUCUGAUGAGUCUUCCUGUGCCAAGGCUGCAGCCUGCAAUGUAGAACCUGAAAAUUUGUUCAAAAAUAAGAAGCCAUUUGGGCAUAUUGAAGGAGCUGCAGCAUAUCCAAGCCUAGCUACAACCACUAAAAUGAAGAGCAUGGAGAAAGAGGGGAUUCAUGAGGAUAAUAAUGUACAUAGGAGGUCCUCAUUCUCAGGAGCAAUAAACAAUAAGGGCUCAAAUUUAUCUUCAUCUAAUUCUUCAUCUGUUGCUUCUUCUUUAUCCUCCUCUUGCUUGUUUAAUUCGACUGCUUUUCAUGAGUUUCACUUCCUCAAGAGGAGUAGCAGUGCAACAGAAAUUGAGGGUUCAAUUGAGGCAGCCAUUGCUCACUGCAAAAAGUCCCAACUGCUCUUUGGUUCAAGAAAUACAUAUGGAUUUUCUUCAUUCCCUGGAAUCCCUGUUGCCAAGAAUCAACAGAGACCAGAUGUUUGA